AUGCUCCUGCCAGCUCCUGCCAACAUAACCUGCCAACAGAUACUCCAUGAUCUGUGCUGUGGGCCUGUUAAUUUGGCUAUCAUUUAUGUGAUCCUGAGGACACCAAAAAUGAAAACAGUAACUAAUGUGUUUGUCCUGAACCUAGCUAUUUCUGAUGGGCUCUUUGUGCUGGUGCUCCCUGCCAACAUCACUGUGCUAUAGCACUGGCCCUUUGGAGAGUCAUUCUGCAAACUGGUGCUGAACAUUGGCUACUACAAUAUCUUUUUCUCCAGCAUCUACUCCCUGGUUGUGAUGAAUGUGGACAGCUACUUAGUGGUACUGGCCACUGUGCAAUCUUGCCAAUCGCCUAGGUACAUAAAGGGGUCAAAAGUUGCCAGCCUUUGUGUCUGGCUAGGUGUCACCAUCAUGGUUCUGCCCUUGUACUUUGCCCACGUUCACAGCAAUGAUUUACAGGCACCAAGUUGUGGGCUAAGUUUCCUGAGGCCAGAGUGGGCCUGGCUUCAGACUAGCUACACAUAUACAUUGGUUCUCAGCUUUGCAAUGCCUUUGUGCAUCAUCUGCAUGUCAUAUGUGGACCUGCUGCACAGACUUCAUACCAUGAAGUCUCUCCACUCUGGCAUGAAGGUUCUAGGCAAGGCCAAGAGGAAGGUAACUGUCCUAGUCCUCACUGUGUUGACCAUGUGCUUUCUCUGCUGGAUACCAUUUCACCUGGCCUCUGUGGUGGCCCUGACUAUACACAUCCGGUUAUUUGGUAUUUCCUUUGCCAUCACCAGCCUCAGCUAUGUCAACUCAUACCUCAAUCCUUUCUUGAACUCAUUGCUGAAUGACAACUUCCACAAGAAUUUCUGUACCAUAAUACUGUUUCAGGAGUCCUGA